CACAUAAAAAUGCUUGGAUUUUUUAAUUUUUGUUUACAUGCAAUUUGGAAGCAAUUAAACAUUUAAAUACAUCACUUGGCAUAUUGAAUUAUGAAGUGUGAAGAUCUCAAAUAAAAUGGCACCAGGGAAAAAAGGCAGCGUGCACGGCAAGCGUUCAAAACAUCACGCUCCACGAGACUACGCGGAGACAUUAAAUGAUUUAACUAUCAAAUCUUCAUCGGACGACACUGAUGCAAGCAGUUCUGAUGAUGAAGGAAUCAAAGCUACAUUUUCAGUAAGCAUGUGGGAUCUGAAUCAUUGCGAUCCCAAAAAAUGUUCGGGCCGUAAAUUAUUAAGGCAUAACCUCAUAAAAAACUUGAAACUUGGGCACAGAUUUCAAGGUUUAGUGUUGUCACCCGUAGGUACUCAGUGUGUGAGUCCCAACGAUAAGAACAUUAUAGAAACAUUUGGGUUAGCGGUCAUUGACUGUUCAUGGGCAAAAAUUGAUGAGACGCCGUUCAGCAGAAUGAAGUCACCACAUCCGAGGCUAUUACCGUUCCUCGUUGCUGCGAACCCUAUAAAUUACGGAAAGCCAUACCAAUUGAGUUGUGUAGAAGCACUGGCAGCUGCCAUGUUCAUAACUGGACAUAAAAGUGAAGCAAAAUUCUAUUUAUCAAAGUUCUCGUGGGGUCAUUCGUUUUUAGAGUUGAAUUCUGAUGCAUUAGAUCUAUAUGCAGCGUGCACUGACAGUAAAAGUGUUUUAGAGGCGCAAGCGACAUUUUUGGAAUCUGUGAAAAAUGAACAAGAUGAUAGGCCUAUGUGGCCGCCAAGUGAAUCAGACAGUGCGUCAGAUAGCUGAUACUUCGGAUGUUUCUUGUGUUCUAGCUAUUACAACUAACUUAUAUUGUGAAUAAAAAAAACGAAAUUUC